GCAAAUUUGUACAGAUUACAAGAUGAAAAUGGCGGUGGUGGGCCUUCUUGUUGCCUUUCGGUAGUUGUUUCCUCCUUUCCUAGUUGUAGACAACUAAUUUCUCCAUUGGCGUCUUUCUGCAUUCUUCCCUUUUUGUCCAUAUCAAAGACCUAACCCCACUAAUCUGAUCAAGGAUCAAAACGCGCGGUUACAUCCUUUUUCAGAAUAUUCAACGCCUUCAGGUUCUUCUUCUAUGAUCUACCUCUCUAUUGAUUGUCCUGUCACCUAACAGCCUUUGGUGGUUGUGGGUUCGAAUAUUGACUUAUAUUAGUCUCUUCCAACUUAUAUUUUAGCGACUUGAUUUUUUUGAGAUUCUGAAUUUCUUGGAUCAUUUGGUGGCAAGGCAUAUUCGUUGGUAUUGUAUACUGAGAGGGUCUGGCAUUUCUGCUUGACUUGUGGUUUAGUUUGCUAUUCCUGCUGUGGGGAUGGCUAAAAAAGACACCCCAUCUGUUGAAUCACGAGAACGUCGCCAUGAUAUCAUUUCAACUUUGGUUUCAGCGUUUCUCGAAUGGUUGCUGAUGUUUAUGUUGUUACUUGAUGCUUGUUUCUCGUAUAUAAUAACGAGAUUUGCCUAUUACAGCAAGUUGCAAGUUCCAUGCUUGCUAUGCUCGAGAAUUGACCGUUCUUUGGGCAACGCAAAAAAAAAAUUCUAUUGGGAUUUGAUAUGUAGAAAUCAUAAAUUGGAGAUAUCAUCUAUGGUAUUUUGCCGAAUGCACAAUAAACUCGCUGGUGUUCAUGGAAUGUGUGAGGACUGCCUCUUUUCGUUUGCUAUAAAUAACUCCAAUGUUGAAUCAUAUAGAUUGUUGGUUGGUAAAAUGGGGGUUGGGCCCAUCUAUGAGAUUGACGAGGAUCAGCGUUUUGAGGAGUAUGAACAUGGUCUUUCGAUAAGGAAAAGAUGUUCUUGCUGUGAUAGCAGAUAUAGGGAAUACGAUCCUUUAUCCCAUAUGGAGGAAAACGCAAAGGUGAAGAUUACAUCCGAGACUGAAUCAGAAGAUGUGUUUCAUAAAAUUGGUGAUGAUAAUGCUAUUGUCUCUGAAACCAACAGUAUAAAAGAUGGAACUGGUAUUCAUCGCGUGCAAGAGGAGCCUCGAAUUAUUACUUCGCCUCGUGAUUUGACCUCGGAAAAAUUGAUACAUCUCGACUCUGUGUCUGAGUCCGAAGUGCCCCUUGAUGUUGAGGAUUCUUCUCUUAGAAGCCCGCAUAUAGCAUCACAUACAACAGUUGGGCGUGGAUUAGAUGAGUCUACAAGGAACUUGAAACUGUCAGAUGAGGUCGAGUUGUCAUCCGACGUCUUGGCACCCCAUUGUGAGGAAGUAACUACCUCAUCUGCAUUGGAGAAAAAAGUUGAUAGUGAAGAUGGAGUGAUAUGUGCAAUCCAAAGUAGCCCUGGGAAGAGCAGUGAAACAAUUGUGAGCCCUGUUGCAGUUGUCAUAACAGGUGAUGAUAUGGAAGAGAUCUCUAAAUUGAGAGAUAGUCCUGUUGCUAGAACUGAUACAAUUGCAGGAGAAACUAGUCAACCAUUGCCAAAUGAUUUGGAUUUUGGUGGUGCUUAUAAGCUAGCUGUUGGUAGCAAGGGAAGACAAAUGUCUGGAAAAUUUCUACAACAAUUAUCUCAAAAAGAAUCCUCAAGAAUGAGUGGAGAUUUGAAGCUCAUGUUAUCGCAAUUGUCUUCUAAUCGAGGAUUUGAUUUACCUCCAUUCGAAAUGAGUCCCAGGUUUUCUGGACUUGGCGAUGAAUCAAAAUUCGAUUCUUCAAGCUCUAUGCUGCAAAGGAGGAUAUCCCUUGAGAGAAACGAAUCCAAUUUAUCCCUAGAUGGAAGUGUUGUUAGCGACAUUGAAGGAGAAACCGAGAUUGAAAGGUUGAAACGUCAAGUCGAGCAUGAUAAGAAGUUAAUGUACAAUUUAUACAGGGAUCUAGAAGAGGAAAGGAAUGCAUCAGCUGUUGCGACUAAUCAGGCAAUGGCUAUGAUCACAAAAUUGCAGGAGGAUAAGGCAGCGGUUCAAAUGGAGGCAUUGCAAUGUAUUCGAGUUAUGGAAGAACAAGCCGAGUAUGAUGUGGAGGCUCUUAAUAGGACGAAUGAUCUUCUUACGGAUAAGGAAAAAGAGGUUCAAGAUCUCGAAGAAGAGCUUGAGUAUUACAAAAAUAGGUUCGGCGAUGUUUCAGAGUUGGAUAAUGAUGAGCCUUUGUCUUAAUAUUUGUAGAGAUGAUAGUGGAUUGACAACUCAUGUGGAAUUAUUUAAGGUCGAGGUUUGGAAGAAUCCAACAGUUAGAAAUCCUCUGUUGAUUCUCAGGUAUAUUAUCUACUUUUUACUCCAGAUGUUAAAUAAAUGCAUAUCACAAAAACAAAUUAGUUAAUAUUUUCCAUGCU